AUGGAAACUGUUCAAAGUGCAAAAAAAUCCGAGGAAAAACGCUCCAAGAGCCCAAAAUCGGAUAAAAAUGCGAAAAAUCAACUGCCCUCCAAUCACAAUAAUAACAACAACAACAACACUGCAAGCAUCAAACCAAACUGCCAAUCAGCCUUAAUAACGCUUUCCGAAUCGAAUUACGCAUCCUUCGAUUGCGAUGCUUGUUAUACAAUGCCACGUACGCCACGUGCCAGUAGCUGGAUCUCGUCCGAACGAUUGAACGAGUUACGGAAAAAGGUGCAGGAAGCGAUCAAGGCACACAAGAUUUUCACGGUGCGCGGAUGUUUCCAUACCGUACGACGCUCGAUGACGGAACGAAAUUGGGUCGAGAAGCUGGAUUCGCAUCGAAAAAUGUACGGAAAUAACGUCAGUGGCAUCCUCAUCGAUGAACUUGUGCAAAAUUUGCCGCAACGUAGACCUGGUGAGUCGCGACGCGCAUUUAUUGCCAAAUGUGAACGGAAUAUCAUGUCGCGCUUCUUGGAGCACGUGUCAGUUGACCUUUUAUGGACGGCACGUCGUGAAAAAUCCGAUUGGUUGGAGAUGUCGAAGAAUCAGGUGAUGCUAAUAAAUCGUUUUUCCAAAGCGCCGUUCACAAGUAAGGAAGGUUUGUGUGCUGCACUGAAGGAAUUUUACUGGUUUUACGAGGAAGGCACUUCGGAGACGUAUUUUCCGCGCUGCUAUAACGUUUGGAAGGAAGACGAAUUGUCGGAUUUUACGGAUGACUUUCGUUUGACGGGCUGUGUGGGUCUCCUGAAGUGGCUCAUUUCGACAUUUUACACCGCUGGCGUGAAUGCCGUAUCCGACAUUGAUGGAAAAGUUCCAAUUACGUGCAUAAAUUUUGCAUUGCAACGUUGCAGGGAAUUCUUAGACUCGAAAUAUCACUGUGAUAUUGACACGCACGAGGAACCGACAAUUUGGGAAUUCGACUACGAUGUCUUUCUCACACAUCAUUACUUGUUGACGCACGAAGGUGCAAAAUUAAAAUUACCUGAAGUGGGUUACGCUUUUGACAGUGUUUUAGCCGAGGCACGUCACACACUCGACGAAGUGAAGAAAUUUUGUCCGCAAUACAGUUUGGAUGGCUUUCUCAACAUCUGGAUCAUCAAACCGGGCAACAAAUGUCGCGGAAGAGGCAUCAUUCUGAUGAAUAAUAUCAAACAAAUUACUUCAAUGGUCAAUCCACCGAUUGUAACGAAGACGAGAUAUGUCGUGCAAAAGUACAUCGAGAGACCUCUCAUCAUCUACGACACCAAAUUUGACUUGAGACAAUGGUUUUUGGUCACGAGUGUGCAACCACUGAUCAUCUGGUUCUACAAAGACAGCUAUUUGAGAUUCAGUUCGCAGCAAUACACGCUUUACAAUUACGAUCAAUCAAUCCAUUUGACGAAUUAUGCGAUUCAGAAAAAGUAUACUGUGUGUUCGCAUCGCGAUAUUCGACUUCCAACGGAAAAUAUGUGGGAUUGUCACACAUUUCAAGCAUACUUACGACAAAUUGGAAAAUCUGAGAUGUGGCACGAUCGUAUCUACCCGGGGAUGCAAAAAGCGAUCAUUGGUUCUAUGUUAGCAUGUCAGGACAAUAUGGAUCGAAGGCCGAACACAUUUGAGCUUUUCGGAGCUGAUUUUAUGAUAUCGGAAGACUUUUAUCCAUGGCUUAUUGAAAUUAAUUCCAGUCCUGACUUGGCUCCAAGUACAUCUGUUACAGCAAGAUUAUGCCCGCAAUGUGUCGAAGAUUCCAUAAAAGUUGUGGUUGAUCGUAAAUUCUCUCCCGAUGCCGAUACAGGAGCUUUUGUGCAAAUCUACAAGCAAGUAAUUCCCAAAACUCCCGCUUACAUGGGUCUAAAUCUCUCGUUACGAGGCCACCGAAUUGUCCCGAAGUCAAAUAAGAAGGAUCGCAUCCGUAUCUCGCCUAAUCGUUCGUUACAAUCAUUCAUCAACAUGACACGUGCCAGUUCGCCGUUGCGCGCCAAGCAACACAGUCCCGUCAUCAUGGAUCUCAUCGAUUGUCUGAACCUCAAAUCGAAGUACGAUCAAGAUUCCGAAGAAAAUUCCAAAAAAUUCAAACGAGAUCUCGUCUAUAAACGUCCCAUUACGUUAUCAUCGUUGUCGCGCGCUCGCGUUGGUCAACGUCGUUCUCUCCUGCGUCACGAAGAAAACGAUCACGAAAUAAUAAAACCCGAUUUCAUCAGUCGUCGUAUUGGAAGCUUGUCCAAAUUGCAUAUCCAUCAAACGAUGAACGACGAACAAACGUCGGGAGUAUCGGAUUCGGAUCAAACUCAAAGCAACAACGUCAAUAAUAGCAAUAAUAACAGCAAAGAAUUCAUCUGUUUGGGCAACAAAUUGAACGAUAACUCGUUAGAACUCGAAAAAUCGAGUAAUUCACAACUGCAUUUGUCCCAAACGAAUUUGGAGAAUGCUGGAUUGACGACAGACGAUAGCAAGCCAGUGCCUUUUCACAAGUGCAAAAACAUCGACAGCGAUAUUUCGACGAUACGAGCGAAAAUACGGAAAGUUCCGAGCACCAAUCGUCCUUCGUCGAGCAUUUCACAGUCAGAAGCGGCGGAAAAUUCGCACUUUUAUGCGGUUGGACUGAGUCUCAAGGCAUGGCGUGCCAAGUACAAUUGUAUACUGAAGGCGAAAAAGGAACUUUUCCCGAACGAAGUGAAUUGUCUGCCAGCAACAAAGAUGACUUUACAAAAACAACGCAAAAAAUCACCUCGUAGCUCGCCAAUCAGACUGCGACUCUUGAUGGAGAAGAACAACAACGACGACGACUUGGAUUUUAUGAAAGAAAAUGAAGAAUGUGACAAAGUAGCGGAUAUUGAGACAAAACUGAAGUCAUCAGAGAUAAAUUAA